AAUUUGAGAACUCAUGCCACUAAUCUGCAGAGGAAGAAAAAAAACCUUAUAAAUCAUGAAACCUGCCAAAAUCCAAAUACAUGUCUACAAUGUACGUUUAUAUGUAGUCAAAUAAGUCGCCUCAGCUGCUUUAGUCUACUUCCUCUCCACAAAAUAAAACAAAAUACUUGGCUUAUCCUUUACAUGUCCAUUACAUUUUACAGGGCAAAGCUAGCACAGUGGGCUACUUCUAUUUCCCUCACGUCAUCAUCACGCAGCACAUCUUGGUGCGCACGAGCUCUCUACAGGAGUGCAGACUAUGUGAAGAGUUCCUUGUCCAGCACCUGUUCCCUCAACAGUGAAAACCCGUACGCCACCAUAACCGACAAUCCCAAUCUAUGUAAGCACUCAGAGAGCAGCUACGUGGAGAUGAAAUCACCAGCACACCAUGAACACACGGCACACUGCUGUUCUGCUACCAUCAUCAGUACGACUACAACCACCACUGUGCCUGCCAAGAAUGUCUACAACAUGGAACCAACCAUAAGUAUUGUGCCGGGAAGUGGUGCUGCAGUGGUUCCCAGUUACCCUCAGAACCCAUACGACCUCCCCAGGAACAGCCACAUCCCGAGCCACUACGACCUGCUGCCAAUGCGCCCCAGCCCCUCCCACAGCCACAGCCUCACCCUGAACAGCUGCAGUCCCCCACUGCCCGGCAGCCCCACCAGUUCCCUGCUCUAGACCCCCCCAACAGGAUCCAGUGCACUCAGAACUAAGAAACUGAAGUAUGAAAGUAGAAAGUGUUUUGACACUGAUGAGUAAAUACAGGUUGAUAUUUAAAGGAUGGAGAAAAUGGGUUGCUGGGACUAAUACUUACUUAUUUAUUUUCUAAGUGGCAUUUUAUUUGUUUGUUUUGUUUGUUUUUGUUUUGCAGUGUCCAGACUGCUGGAUGGCUGUUUGACAUUUUAUUACGAUAUACCAACCAACCAGUCUGAGCUGUUUUGUGUCAGUCACCAGUACAUCUUUGUAUUCUUAAUUUCACACCAAAAUUGCCAGCAGGGGGGGCAAUACAAGUACAUAUACACAUAAAUAUACUCUUUUCAGCGAUUUUUGAGACAUCUCUACUCAGAAGAUGAAUGUCAAAAAAGAAACUGACUUGCUCGUGUAAAGACUGCAGUGGCUGUGCCAAAGAAAGGACUGAGGCCCACUUUACAUCUGCAAAGACUACUUUAUUUACUAGCAUGUCAGGUCCAAAUGAACAUCAUGUGGGCAUUACGGUUGUGCUGUGGGAACCGAUUUGUACAAAGAAAUCCAAUGCACUCCUCUGAAGAAAAGGCAUUCUAUCCUUUUAUUUCCCCAGAAAAAAGGACUGAGAAAAGGACAGAAAAAAAGACAACUGGAGUAUCUUCAGACUUACAGCACCUGUAUAGUUGCGGUAUUUUAUACACACUGUUUCUUAUUUCGUGUUUACAUAUUUAAAGAUCCUGCUGGGGUUCAUGGUUUUGCUCAGAAAAGGUAUUUUUUGUAUGUACUGUAGACAAAGUGGUGUAUUUCAUGUACACUUACUGUACACCUAGUGAUUAUAGUUGUGAUUUUUUUUUCUUUACGUUGAGCUUAUUAUACAUGCAUGUAAAAAGGUUAUUCAGGGCAUAAUGGUUAGUAAGGAAUACCCUUAUUUUUUGGCUUUUAUUGUGAUCAUGGUCAGAUGACUAAGCUCUUUUGCUGAUAAUUCUCAUGCUACUGUGGACAUGCCAUUUGGAACAUACUUCUUGGAAAUAUAAAUAUAUUUUAGGUUGGAAGUUAUGGUUACAACAGUUCUAUAGGCAACUUCCCCCUUCCCUGAUUUUAUUGUAGAGUCACUAGAUUUUUGUUACUAAACACAAUUAAAUGUGUUUUCAUGUAGCUCUGACAAAAAUGUGUUAUGCAACAUAGCAGUUACUUUAAAAUGAUAGACAUACAAUCACUUUAAGUAUUCAGACUGCUCUCCUUUUGCACACUCUAGAGAUUGUAGAUUUACAUUAUAACUGAUGAAAUAAUAGAUUUUCUGUUAUAUUUGUUCAUCAUCAUGCUUAGAAAUGUUUGAAUGAUUUCAACUAUUGUUAUUUUAACCUAACAAGUUAUUAAAAACUAAAACAAGCUGAAAAAAAUAAUUUACUAGACUUAAACCAGGCUUUUAAUUGGCUGAAACCCAUGAAGACCAACUGCUGCCAAAGGACUUAAACAAAGGAAUGAGUUAAGGAUUCACAAAUACAUUUUUAUUUUUGUCUUACAAAUACAUUGUUUCAUCAAAAAUUUGCAUUUACAAAGUGUGCAAAAGUAAAAGUGUCUGAAGCAACUAAAGUUCGGCUGUAGCAAACAGCAAUAAGAGGACAUGUUGACAAUCUUAUGUGUACAGCGAUGCUAUCCCAAUGAUUUGGUUUCCUGUUUUUGCUCUAUUUGCUCUGAUUUUAUCUUGUUUUUUUUCUAAUAUGUUUGAUUCAAACAAUAGUUCACGUGUAUAAGUGUAUUUAGUGCUGCUUACAUUUUCGUGGGGGGGGGGUUGUUUUUGAAAACCCUGAAAUGAAUAAAGUCAUCACAGCUCAGGAGAGUGGUGUCA